ACUAUGGGCAUAAACGCAGUUUGUGCUUAUUUCCUAAUGUCGUGACUGCCCCCCACACCGGCGUCUAUAAGACGCUAAAGCGUAUCUGAGCUGCUCCAAAGCGGCGAGGGCAGCUGUGGCCGCAGCUUCUGCUCCGCACGGCUGAUCUGCCACAUCGCGGAGCCGCAGCGGUCCGCUCACACAAAGACUGCAACCUUGCCGGGAAUCGGAGGGUAAAGCGGCUCCCCGUCAGACUCAGCUGCAGUCUCAGGCAUGGGAAUAACGGCAUUGCGGGAGUAGCCCUGGCCAUCUCGCACCGAGAGACUUCAGGGAACUUCUUAAAACGAGCAGUCGUCCCUUUGACUUCAUGCUGCAGUUCCCGUCCGGCUGCGCCUCAGUCUCGGAUAAACACGACAGCCUCCGCAACGAGUUAACUGUCCUAAAGCGACCCCCUUUCCUCGAGAAAGGCACGUUUGCGCCUGCAUCCUGAGCGCACUUCGUGCCUUUGGCGACUGGAUGCUGCCGCACGCAUUCCCCUGCGUUUGCUGCAUUUGCGGGGCUGCCGUCGUGACUCCUCUGAACUGAGAGGGAAUCUCAUUUCUUCCAUUUGUUUUAGUCAUUAGUACAUUAGUAAUUUCCAAAUCCAGUGAACUGAACGAUGGAGCGUACGCGAUCCAAGACCUUGGACGCCAGAGGAAUUUUGCUCUGUCUAUUAAGUAUUGUUGCUCGAAGCCCAGCAGAGCAGGAGGUGGAGAACCUAUCGGGAUUAUCUACAAACCCAGACAAAGAUAUAUUCGUAGUUCGCGAAAACGGAACAACUUGCUUGAUGGCAGAGUUUGCAGUCAAAUUUGUCGUCCCAUAUGACGUCCUUGCACUCAACGGCAUAGACCUGAUUACAGAACAGGCGCCAAUUGCGCUUCCCCGAGGGGCAGAGAUUGAGGGAAAAUGCGGGAGUAAUGAAGCCGAGCUGCGCAUUUCCUGGAUAAAUAACGCCUACACGUUUCGCAUUUUCUUCCUUAAGGAAGUACAAGACCCAUCCAAGGGAAAAGCAAUCUGGAAAAUGAAUAAGAUGCAGUUUGUGUACGAUACCUCAGAAACAGCACACUUCAUUAACGCUUACAACCCUGGAAAGCACACUGCGAACUCUCAUCGCCUCUCAGCUCUAGUGACCCCUGCAGGCCGAUCCUAUGAGUGCGCGGCUGUCCAGACGGUCACCCUCAUCUCCAGUGACCACCAGAAAGGAGUAACGGUCUCCAUGUCUGACAUUCAGAUACAGCCCUUCGACAUACAGGGCGACUUCAUAUUCAGUGAAGCGUAUAAAUGCUUGAGUGACCAGCGGGAGCAGCUGGAGGAGACGCUGCCGCUGAUCCUGGGAGUCAUCCUGGGGCUGAUCAUCGUCAUCACCCUCUCCGUGUACCACGUACACCUGAAAAUGACCGCCAAUCAACCGCAGCUGCCCAGGGACCGCUCCAUGUACAAGAAUAUGUGACCUCGGACACACGACUACCCCCCCCCCCCCCCCUUAGUGAUAGACACCGCGCUGCAUCUCACUGUGUGGUCGGCCGUCUGUUUUUUUUCUUUCAGUUUCUGCUCAGGCCCGAUCUGUGCAGAGUUGGUUAUUAUGUUUAAAAAAGAAAAUCUGCAGAGAAAAUGAGUUUACGCUCGCGGUCGUCCAGUUUUCCGCUUUGAAUUCUACGUUAAUGGUGAAAGUGGAGUGUCGUGUGGAAUGCAGGUGUAAAACCGCGGCUUAAACGAUGAUUUAUUACCUAGCCUUACUUCCCCAUCUGUCAGUAACAUGCAUUAUAAUUCAGUUUGAAUGUAUGCACAUUAAACCGUUAAAAAAUGUAAAACCAGUGUCUUUACGCAACUGACAGAUUUAUGUUAAAAUGACAUUUAUGCCUUGUCAUAAUUCAUUGCAUACUGGAGGAAAGAAAAUAUGGUCAAUUAUAAAAAUUAAAAAUGAACACACGAUGUUAGAGUAUAAUAUUUUAAGAACUACUAUGCAUAAAGAAAACCAAGAAAAUAGCAUAUGUUUAAAUGGAGGUCUCUUUACUGAAAUAAAUGAUACAACACA